AUGGUUCUGCAUCCAGGUGCUGGCGGUCGAAGAUCAGUGAUGUCUUCUCACCAGCCUAUUCAAGUGAAAUCAAUGAAUAGGCUGCCCUGGGAGGAUGACGAGAAGGAGGAGGGGAGGGAGGAAGGGGACGUUCACAUAGAAGAGCGUUCUAAUGCACCUCGUAGGAACCAAAGCAGUUCCCACGACGUCUUUUACGACGAUCAGGGAGAGAUGAACGGAACGACGCCGCAUCCAGCAAUCUUCGGAACACCUCUCGCUUCUCCCUCGGAUUCCUUCACCACAUCAGAUGCGUGGUACGCUGCUUUUAACUAUUAA